GGUCAGCGCAAAAGCAUCCAGCCGAUAAUAACUAGUGAUAUAGAUCUAUCUUUUGACGGGUGGAGCGAUACGCUUAGUGUUUCACAAGGAUCUUCCUUUUCAGACCGUUUCCUGGCUAGUCCUACCCAAGUUCAACGGCCAGCAUGAUUGCCUCCGAGAGUGAAGACGAAGCUUUUGACGAUAUUGAAUUUCCGGAUUCAGUUGAAGCCUUGCGAUUGGGGGCGUAUCGACAUACAGGACAGUCAUCCGAGGUUGAAAUGGAUGGUGAAGAUGAUGCUGAUGACCCAUCAGCUGGGUUGGUCAUUCCCGAUGAUGGGACAUUGCAUCCCGGACGGCUAAAGGUGACUCCAAUCGCUGGGCCUACACCUAGUCCGCGCGCUGCCUCACCUUCAAAGAUACCGCGGCUAGUCCCAAGUGCAUUCGUUUCUUCAUACGUUCAAGCGGACAUGCAUGGAAAGCCAAAACCUUUGACCGGAACUUACAUUAGCGGGCCAGAUCGGAGAACCGGUCCGUCCGCUCCGAUAUCCCCGUCACUGGGUCAUAUCCAGAGGCUGAGCUCGCAAUUGAUAAGUCAACGAAAGCUUCAUGGGGACUCACCAACCAAGCUUAUACGCAAACCCAAAGGUGCCCAGCAAUAUGGAGAUGGGACAGAAUUGGACACGUUUGAUGAUUUACCAGUCUCAUCAACGACGGAGAACAAGUUUGUAAAAACGAUAAAAGUUACACCAAAGAUAAAUCCUGCCAAACCUGUUCACAACACUUCUCUGAAACGGAGCUCGUCGAAAGCUGGGUCAAUGGGCAGUAUCGUGUCCUCUCCUGAAGAGCGCGAGAAUAGACGACCGUACACAGCCGGAGGUCCCGUACACCAUCGACCGAGUCAAACUUACCAGGACCGACGUCCACCGACUUCUCAUAAAAGACGACCGCGAAAGAAGCCUACCCUCAUACGCAACCUCAACAACAGUAAUGCCGUAAAAGUGGUGGGCGACAUGGUCUACAACCCCGCCCUCCAAAAAUGGGAAGGCAAUGAAGAUGUCCUCGCCGAGUUUGAUAAAGCGUUACCCUCACGUCCAGCCCUCAUUACAAACAAAGGGGGAUACAAAAUGCCUCAAGUGGUCGGAAACAUGGUGUUUGAUCCGAUCAAAAUGUGUUGGGUGGGGAAUGAUGAGGAGGCGGAUGUGUUUGCGGAUAUUUCGGAUGAUAUGUCUGUUGUGACGGAAAUGGGUAGUGGUGGUUUCGUUCCCGAGCAAACGGAAUUUAACUUGUCGAAAAGUUUCAAAGAAGCCAUGUGCAUUGCUGAAUCGUCACAUAAACUUUUUAUGGGCAAGUGGUACCCAAAAGCUGUACUGGAUAGUAGGACCAUGAUGCGGGAUACGUCCAAAACGCACUUGUACGAAAUUCGCUCGCAUACGAACGGGGAUCGGAGACCGAAAUUAAUGGGUCGGCAUGCUAUUUGGCGGUGAAAUAUUGGCAAGCAACAACACAUGUUCGAGUAGUAGUUUUUUUAUUGUGUAGAUAUUGUUAAUUUCAAACAUACUGGCUUUCGUGAUCGA